CAAAGAAAACAAACGGCUAGAAAACCCGUUCAAACAGAAAGUUAUCGACCUUUAUUGGUAAGAUCAAUAAAGGCUACGUGUUGAUGUUGAACUUGUUAUGUAUGGACGGCUGUUUAAGCGUUACAAAAGGUUUGAGUUUGGCAUUGUUCGGGCUUUCGGUCAAAUGGCUUAAAUAAAAAACUCAUUCAUUCUCCUCUCCUUCACCACAAGUUUUUGUACCUCCCUCUCGCCAACCUUUGUUUACCUUUUUCCUUUUAAGAUGUCAUGUUCGUGAACCAAUUCAAUUGUAGAUAAGAUUAUAGUUAUUAAUGUUUGGUUCUUAAAUAGCCUUUUUAUAUAGUAGCAAACUAACGACUCAAAGACUGCGCGCGGGAUAGUUAAGUUCGGCAAUAUGAUAAAGACAACUUGUAAAUGCCUUUUGUUCAAAUCAUCCAGUUAAUAUCUAAUCUAAUUAAGUUGUGUAGAUUGGUUUUGUUGUUUUAGUCUUCUUAAAUUCUUGUGAAUCUUGCCAUUUUAGGUCUGUCGCAAUCAAGCUAAUAAAACACGUAAUAUGAUAAUUAAUGCAACACAGGAGACAAGUCAGACUCGACAGCCUUAUUCAUUUUGUUGUUUAUAAAAUAUAUAUAUAUACACGUUAUAUAUUUUAAGUUCUAUAAUCUAUAAAGGAUAUACACAGCAUUCUUUAACCAAUAAGAAGAAGAGGAUAUACACAAUAUAGCCAACAUGCAUUCAAAAUACAAGAAGAUAAAUCAUUUUCAAGCAAAAAAAAUCCAAAAUGGUCGGUGUUUUUUUUGUUGACCUGUAAUGCGAUCUAUAUCUUUCAUUGGUUUGAAUUGUCAAAUCAAAAAUAGUAAUAAACAAACUAUGCAUAGGCGCGUUAUGCAAAACAAAAUUGAACGCUAGAAUUGAGAAUGAACGAACGUAUGCAUAUCCAUCUCAAUUAUUUUUGUUUUCUUAGAUCUGCAUGUACUUAUUUGAAGCAUUUUUUACAUAUAUCAUAAUUCUCAUUCUCACUCUGAAUUUCAAACUAUUAAUUUUAUAAUGUCAAUGAAUAUGGCCUACAGCAAUACCUAAAAAUCAUACCUUGGCUGUUUGGAAUGUUAUGGCAACUAACUCACACAUUUCUCUAUAAUGACUAUUUUCUCUUUAAUUCUUUUAACUAUCUUGUCAUCGUUUGUUGUUUUUCUGCGAACCAACAUCGUUUAUUGUUCUAUUUUAAAAAGAAAACCAUUUUACCGUGUUAUACUAUGUUUUUGAGCCACCAAUGUAUCUCUAUCCUGAAGUUUCUCUUUUGUCGUCUCUAUAUCCUGAAGACUCACAAUCAGCUUAACUUUUGUUGCUAAGUGAAAAGAAAAAUCAACGCUACGACUUGGUACGUACUUGGUAGAUUCUCUCGCAAUUCUAUAAUCUUUAAAUGCCAUACAUACAUUUAUUGUCAAAUCUUGUUGUAGUGUUAGGUAUGGUCUAACUUCAAGCGAGAAAACCAAACCCAAACUGCCACGUGUAACUCAGAUAAGCCUCCUAAACCAUACCUUCUGUAAAGGUCCCACUUAUGAGUCUGUAAAAGGCCAACACAAUAGGGACCACAUCUUAAUUUUAAUUUCAUCACUUUAUUAAUAAUUUAACAUAUAUAUACACACACCUCAGCUUCUUUUGUAGAUAAUAAGAUCAUCAUCGCCUUGACAAAAAAAAAAAUCAUCAUCACCAUGCAGCUCCUCCCUACCUCUUCCUUUAAAACGACAGCCACCGUCGUCAUCGCCGGAGUCUUCUCUGUUGCGGCGGCGGUGAGUUUAGCCGUUCCAUCAGUUUCCCAUUUUGCUGCUUCUUGCUUUCCGAUCAUUUACGAUAGCACCAUCUUCCUCCUUAAGCCACCGUAUCUUUACCUAGUCAUCAACUGUAUCAUCCUCUCCAUCGUCGCUACAUCCAAGCUCACGCAUGAAUCAUGUUCCAGUACUGACGAUCCUGAUACGGUCGUACCGGUACCUACUUAUAUCGACGCCGGUUAUCUAAACGUGGCGCACGUCGCCGGUUCUGAUUAUACCGGAUUUGUGGAGAAUGACGCGACGGUGAAAGAUGUCCACGAAGUCAUUGAUAAUGAUAAGGUGAUAGGAGAAGAUGUAAAGACAGAGACGGAGAAGCCAAGAACGAGUAACGGUUUACCAGAACCGGAGACAGAUAAACCAAAACUGAAAGAUGGUUCGCUGGAGAUUCCGGUUCUGAAGAACACGAGGAAACCACCUAGGUUCGGUCGGCAAAAGUCGCUUAAAGCUAGCCAAGAAAGUAAGAAGUCUGCGUUGGGAGUGACGAAGCCACCGAGGAGACAAGACACGCUGGAGACGACGUGGAAGAAGAUAACUGAAGGACGCUCGACGCCGUUAAUUAAGCACUUGUCGAAAUCCGACAAGUGGCAAGAAAGGUCGCACGCGCGAAGCUCAAAGGAGAAGACGACCAAGUCUGAGAACUCUACGGAGGAGGAGACGUUGCAGAAAACGCGUCUGAAACGCGAGCCGUCGCCGGGUCAGGAGGAGCUGAACCGGCGCGUGGAAGCGUUUAUCAAGAAGUUCAACGAAGAGAUGAGACUGCAAAGAUUGGAAUCUUUGGCCAAGUAUAAUGAAUUGGUGCUAAAUGGAGGGACUCGUUUGUAAAUAAAUAUUCUUGUUUUUUUCUUAGCUGUCGGAGAAGACUAGACGGCACCGGCACAGUCGCAAAUGUUGACUCUUUUUAGAACCACUUAAAAGGUUUUUUUUUGUCUUCAUGGGAAGAUAAAAUUGUAUGUGUUGAUUGUUUGUGUAUGUAUGUAUCAUGUAUGAUUGUUCUAUUUAUACUUUCAAAAAAUCACAUUAAUCAUGUGGUUUAAAUGAAAGAUAUUGGGUAAACAGAGAGUAGACAGUGGACUAGUGAUUGAAUCCAUUGUUUGUUUGCUUUCUUAGAUUUUACAUUCUAUAAACAAUAUUAUUAUUACUA